GUCUUACGUUCUCCCAUAGGAGAAAAGAAAACCAUUUUCGAAAUAAACCUCCAAAACAAAAUGGAAUCAAACCGUUAAAAGACCAAAAAAGACGAGUCACGAGUGUGAUCGUAUCUCGUAGCUGCGCCGGUCACCGAUAUUCGAGACGACAGUCGACAAUCACGAUUCAAGUUGCGAAUUCGCGACGAAGAUAAAAUCAUAGGAAAAGUAUACAAUUUAUAACAUAUUUUGGGCUUGUGUGCAAGCUUGGCGUGGCACCACCACAAGUCACAACGGUAAUGACGCGCAGGCAGUGGGCCGGCGUCUAAGACUCUAAAGCAAGUUGCAACUUUGAAAUGCGAGCGGCGAGUGAGUGCGCGGCGCGACAGCGGUGGUAGUGUGGACGUGUGGUAAACUUGAAGUCUGGUGCAGUGGUACGAAAGUACAAAACUACGAGCGUUCGACGCAACCGCCGCCGCCGCCCGCCCGUCACUUAGUCCAGACGACCACACUCCACCGCCGACCACCCGACGGGCGAUGACUGUAAUGUACGUUCACGGUGUCUGUGCGUGCGUGCGUUUCGUGUGUGUUACUGUGUUAGCACGUCUCAGCAGCGAGCGAUAACAUAACGCGUCGUAUAUUAUUUGUUAUUAUUUAUUUAUUAUUAUUAUUACUAUUAUUAUAUAAAACUAUCGAAAACUGAAAAAAAAACGUAUCGCUCCGCGCCCGUCGUGUCGCGACCCGCCGCGAUCAUUCGAUUUAGUUUAAAUACAUAAAAUAUUGUGUAAACGUCAUUUUCUUCUCUUCUAUUUUCACGGUUUUUCAUCGUCUUCGUCGUCGUCGUCGUCAUCAUCACUAUAUUAUGCUGACUCGUCGCGUGUCGCAUUUCCGUAACUACUGGUGCAGUGCUACUACGGUUGUCCGUGUCGACGGUGACCGCCGCCGUUCGUCCGUGUGGUGGUGAUCGGUCCGCGGUCGUCGGCACUGCAGCAGGCUUCUUGUGCGUGUCUUGUCGUUACACCGAUACAAAGACGAUAACAGUCUCGACACUCCGACUGAGUGGACCGACCAACGAUAUCGUGUGGUACGUGCGCACAGUAGGAGCGUAGGACACGCCGUCGUCGUUACGUGAUGUCGCGUUACCGCCGGGCGACGUGCGAUACCGCCUAAAAAGGGCAUAUGCCCACCGUCGACGUAACGGCGCGCUUCACGUCGGUCAGCAGCCGUGCUUAGCGGUGUCCGCCAGCCACAGCUGCGGCUACGACCACGGACGCCUGUGAGUCCCCGAUCAGCACACUCGGUGACCGUCACUUCUGUUAUAGUCUAGCCAAACGUUGACUGCACGUCCAGUCCCCCUCCCUGACCGUAUUUUGGAUAGACUACCAUUGUGACACGAUGCGUUUGCAUGGAUGGUGUUCUUGAAAAACCGGCAAAGUGUUGCCGGUUACCAAUCGAGAUAUGGACGGCAGCAAUGGAGCCAAGCAAGCCGACAGUUGGCAUAAGCAUGAGCCAUUCAUGAUGGUCGAAAAGCAGAAAAAUAAAAAUCAUGGGCAAGGAUCCCAAGACAGUAACUUUGGUUUUGGUGGUGGUCCAUUGUAUGGAAGACUUGUCUCUGAAGACCAAUUACCAAUGGUUGGUGGUGUCGCUCCGGUACAUGCUGAUAUCCAUGCGAUGCAAGCAAGAAUACCACCCCAUUUUCGAGAUCCGUCAACCGCUCCAUUGAGAAAGCUUUCGGUGGACCUGAUCAAGACAUAUAAGUUUAUUAAUGAGGUAUACUAUGCUAAGAAAAAAAAAAGAGCUGGUGGUGGAGCAGUUGGGUUGAGUAGUCAACCUCAAAAUAACGGGGCCCCCGUUGAAGGUCCUGUAGCCAAUAAAAAAGAAAGAAGAGUGUAUAAUGAUGGUCACGACGAUGAUAACCAUGAUUAUAUAAUUAGAAGCGGUGAAAAGUUUUUGGAUCGCUAUGAAAUCAUAUCCUUGCUAGGAAAAGGGUCAUUUGGACAAGUUGUUAAGGCUCGUGACGAGGAAGAAGAUUGUUAUGUAGCAAUUAAAAUAAUAAAGAACAAAAAACCAUUCCUAAAUCAAGCUCAAAUUGAAGUAAGACUAUUAGAAAUGAUGAAUAGAGCUGAUGUUGACAACAAAUACUAUAUUGUUAAACUCAAGCGUCAUUUUAUGUGGCGUAAUCAUCUGUGCCUGGUGUUUGAGUUAUUAUCUUAUAACUUGUAUGAUUUGAUUAGGAACACUAAUUUUAAAGGUGUUUCUUUAAAUCUUACACGUAAAUUUGCUGCUCAACUGUGCACGGCUCUGUUGUUCCUGUCCACACCGGACCUGUCCAUCAUACAUUGUGAUCUGAAACCAGAAAACAUAUUGUUGUGCAAUCCUAAAAGAUCGGCUAUUAAAAUAGUUGACUUCGGCUCAUCUUGCCAACUCGGCCAAAGAAUAUACCAAUAUAUUCAAUCUCGUUUUUACCGUUCACCAGAAGUUUUACUUGGUAUACCUUAUGAUUUGGCUAUAGACAUGUGGAGUUUAGGAUGUAUAUUAGUAGAAAUGCAUACUGGAGAACCGUUGUUUAGUGGAACAAAUGAAGUUGAUCAGAUGAAUAAAAUUAUUGAAGUUCUUGGCAUGCCACCCAAACAUAUACUUGACCAGGCUCAAAAAGCUCACAAAUAUUUUGAUAAACUGCCUGGUGUCGAUUCAUACACCUUAAAAAAACCUAAAGAUGCUAAAAAGUACAGAAAUCCAGGUGGUCGACGAUUACAUGAUAUAUUGGGUGUCGAAACAGGGGGUCCAUAUGCUAGACGGUUAGGUGAACCCGGGCAUUCAGUGUCUGACUACCUUAAAUUUAAAGAUCUUAUAGUACGAAUGCUGGAUUAUGAUCCAAAAACUCGAAUUACACCAUAUUAUGCUUUGCAACAUAACUUCUUCAAGCGAACUUCUGAAGAGGGUACUAAUACAGCUAGUGGUAUCGCUCAAGCUGGACUACACAGCUUAGGUGCUAGUCCACCAUUUAAUAGUUUACCUAGUAAUAAUCCAGGGGACACAAAUGUGCAAUCAUCUGCAAUAAGAUUGCGGUCGGACCAGUGCCGAGGUAGAACUACAAUGGAUUGUGAUCCUCCGCCGAUUGCAUCUAUGUACCACGGUUACCAAACGGCGCCAAUGGCUAGACACCAUCUGCCUCACCAUGCUACAGUUUAUCCAAUGAACCCAGCAUCUGCUGUUGGUACUUUGGUUCACUGUCGACCCACCUCUUUGCCGUUCCUACAUCCACAACAUCACCCGUAUCAACCAAUACAAUCACAACCUCCACGUUCAUUGCAUUCGUUGCAUAAUCACCCUCCACCACCACCAGUACAACAACCUGUUGCACGGGUACCAACUUCCCAUUCCAAUCGAACGAAACAAGAACAAGAUGACAUGAUUGGGGUAUGUAUAGGUCAAAGUCCUGUAGCAAUAAAUAUAACAUGAUCAAAUCGUAUAAAAUGUAAAAGAGAUGAUUUAUACAUGUUUUCAUUACAUACAUGUAAAAAUGGAAUAACUGUGAUCAAUCCAAAAGGGGAAAGUAAUUUUUAAAUUCGAAUUUGUACUGAGUAGUGCCAGAAAUUGAAUUUUAUUGUUUCCAUGGACAUUGUUAUUGUCUUGUUUUGUUUUUUUUUUUUUGAACAAAUUCCUUAUAGAAUUCAACUAUUACUUUAAUUUAACAGAUUUAAUAGAUUAAAUUAAAACAAAAUAAAUUGACAAAUAAUUUUUAUCUGAUGCAAUAAUGAAUAAUUAGUUAAUAACAUAUUUUUAUAAACUUACCAAUUGCCAUUUUUAUCUUCAUGUAUAUGUGGAUAACUGUUAAAGCUACCUCAAAUAAUUUUGUAUUACCAUAGAUUAAAUAACACGUGUUAUUUAAUCUAUGGUAAUACUAAUACAGACGAAUCAAUUUUGAAAUUGUGUUUUAAUAUUUACUCACAACUGGCCAAAGCCCUAUUUUAACAUGACUUAGUAUCAGCAUUGCAUGUACAGUAUUUGUUUAAUAAAUGAUCUUAAUAUAAAUUAUUUCAUUUAUUUUUUUUUAUUUUAAUAAAUUUAAAACAUUAAUAAUUAUAUCAUCAAAUUUGAUUUUUAUUAUUUUGUUAUAUUUCUUUAAUAUUGGACAAAAUUAAAUUAAAUUUAUAAAUUAUCACACAGUAUACUAUGCAAUGCACAAUACAUAAAACAACUAUGAUCUACAGACAAAAAAUAUAUCCUAAAUGGAAAUCCAAUAAGUAUUCAUAAAUUAUAAAUGCAGAGAAAGCAUUUUUUUCUGUAUUAAAUAAUGUAUUAAAGUUUUAGGGCUUUUGCUUUGAAAUUUAUCUGUGGCAUUUCUUUUUUUCUUUUUGAAAUAUUGCCAUUUCAAUUUAUGUUUUGAGUAAACGGUAUACCUACACACACCUAAUGACAUAACGAGAGAGUUCGUAUGUGCAGUAAAAGUCAUAAUAACGUACAUAAUCUGUAUUGUGUUUGAAUGCGUGAUUAACAAUGUGAUGCGCGUAAAAUUGAACUUUUUUUUAUUGUCAGGGACCUUCGAAAACACGACUGAUCGUAUGUAUGUAACUUUUUUUUAUUAUUAAUACUAAAAUUAUUAUUCGCUUAAAAGAAUCGAUGACUUGCAAAAGAUAAAAAUGGCAUACGUUUAUAAUGAUUUUGCGUACCUAUACAUAUUUUAACACGAUUUCAUUAUUAUCGUGUCUUCCUGGAAUGUUUAGCAUAUUUUUUAUUCUUAUAUAUUUCGUUAAAUAAUAUACAUAUGUACCUAUAUAUAUAUAUAUAUAUAUAUACAUGGUAGUCUUAUAGUAUUACCCUAAAGAUUUUUUUACGCGUUUCCACUGCCAUAGGUGUAUAUAUUAUAUGUGUGUGUGUAUAUUAUAUUUAAAUAAUAAAUUAUAUAGUCUAAAAAUAUAAAUAGACAUAAAAUAAGAAGUCGAGUACCAAGUUAUAGUGCAUUAUGAGUACCUUUAUGAGCACUAUAUGUCCAAGUCGUCGGAUGACGAUGCUGCCGAAUACGCAUCUCUCUCUCUCUCUCUCUCUCUCUCUCUCUCUAUCUAUCUCUCUCUCACACACACACACACACACACUCUCAUACACACAACUUGUACGCAACUUGUGUAGUGACAUACGUAAGCCGAUUUCGAUGACAUGACCACCGAGGUAGUUUUUUCGUUUUUGUAUCGCGGGCGUGUGUAAAAAAUUUUAACCAACCAAAAAAAAAAAAACGAAAGAAAUAAUAUAAUAUGUGAUAGAACAGGGUGGAAUAUCCUUAAAACAUUAUUUUGUUCAUUUUAUACGGUGAUCGUUUAUUAUAUAUUAAAUUAAUUAUAAGAUUAAGUAUAUAUAUAAUUUGAUCUAUUAUAUGAUAUUAUAUAAUUUUUUUUUUUUAUUAAAGACUGGUGUGUAUAUAGACUUAGAUAUUGUACGUGAGAUGUUCAUAUUUAAAUAAUAAUUAUAAUAUUAUAUUAUAUAUAUGAAAUAGGAAAAAGUUUUUAUUUAUUUUUACAUUUUGUUUUGUUUUUUAUUUCUCUUGACGCGCCGCCUUUUUUUCCGACAAACUUGAAUACCGUGUGUGAGUUGCAGUGGUCUGUACUCGCACACACACAUACGUCAUACAUACACUUACAAUUAUUACACACAAACUCGUAGGUUAAUUCGUGUUUGGGGAGGGGGGAGUGGUAUGCCGACGUCAGUGGUCAUACCAUAUCACUUGUAUAUAUAUAUACAUAUAUAUAUAUACUUAGCUAAAUUGUUAGUAAUUAGUAAUAUUAGUAACUACUUUUAUAUAUAUAUAUAUUAUGAUGUACGAGAUUUAGUUUUACCACUCGAUCCGUGUCUCCCCACAGAAUUUCACGACGAUAGUAUAUAUAUAUAUAUAUAUAUAUAUAAUAUAUAUUUAUGUAUAUGUACAUAAUAUUAUGUAUGUGUUUUUUGUUUUGUUUUUUUUCUUAGAUAAUUAUAAUCGUUUAACGUCUGUCUCGUCAUAUAUUAUUAUUAUUAUUAUUAUUAUUAUUAUUAUUAUUAUUAUUAUUAUCAUUAUUAUUAUUAUAUUAUUAAGUAAACUGAGAUAUCUAUUAUAAUAUGUAACUGUGAAAACGAAACAUAUUCACUUUUCAGAUGAUUUUCUUUUUUUUUUAUCAUUAUUAUUUUUAAUUAUACAUGUAAACGAAUAAAUGUAUACGGCGUUUGAAAAAAAGAAAAGAAAAACAAGCAAAAAGAAAAAUCGUAAAAAUUAUUUUCAUCGUCUACUUACUGUAACUCACAUACGUCUUACGUCCGUUGCAGGUGGUGCACGUUUCUAUUCCCAGAGAAUCCUAAUUUGUUCUGAAACGUCCGAAUUUGUUCCUGGGUUGAUACGAAGGGUAAAUCUGAAUUGCUGGUUCCUGGUUUGUUAAAAAAGAAAGGUAUAUCUGUCAUUCGUUUCUAGAUUUUAAAAGCAAUUUAAAUUUUCCUUCCAAAUGUAUCUAGACUAGAUGAUCAGCGGUGACCAAUUAUGACCCGCGAUCAUAUUUUAUAGGCCACCUCGCCAAAGUAUUAAAUCAAAAUUGAAAAAAAAAUACCAAAUUUCAAAAACCGAAAGAAAAUUUAACUCAAAUUUAUUAAAAAUGUGAUGUUUCUAAAAUGUAAUAUAAAUUAAUCUUUCCCAUUUCUUAUUGUCAAUAAUUACGUUGUUAAUCAGACAUGACCAAGUGUCGCAGCCUUAUCGUCGUACAUCGUCUAAAAUCUAAAUCUAAAUAACAUUAUCGUAUUUUAAUCGUUUUGCAGUUUUAAAAUAAUACAACAUUAAACGACACUAUGAAACUAAACAUAAAGACAAAUUUAAAAAUCUAGUAAAAACAUCUAGAAUGGUUAUAAAAAUGCAAUUUUUAAACAAACAUUUUUUUCUCAUUUAUAAUAACAAUCGAUACAUCAUGAAUAAUUAAAUUUAUCACUGUAAUAUACUUAAGAUUUACCUACAGUAAAUUAUAAUAUCUAAACUAUUAACUUAAAAUAAAACUUGUUAUGCCCCUCGGUAAAAAUGGUUGGUCAACACUGUUCUAGUCAAUAAUAAUGGACCGUCUAUACAUUUAUUUUGUGUGGUAAAAAAUGUUCAUACACUUAAUUUUAAUUUUUUCUAAUUAUUUAUUUUCAGACCUUUAAUUUUUGGAAAUUAGUGCAUUUCCCCUUUUUCUUUUACAAAAAACCAAUAUGCAACUAACAACUACCUAUUUGAAAUUCGCAGUUUUUUUGAUAAAUCGUUGUAUUAAUUUUGAUGUGUUCAGAAAAAUUAUCUGGAAAUUAAUUCAGAAUUCAGAUGUGUGCCGCAUAAAAUAUUAGGGACCAUUAAUUAUUAAGAAAGAUGUUUUUAAUCAUUCAGAUGUUUAUUGUUUGGGCAUGGGAACCAUUUUGGAUGUAGGUUCUUUUCCAAUAAGAUCCUUGUAUUCCUCAUGAUAUCACCUAUCAUUAUUACUUUUUCUACUCAAUGAUCUUAGGAAAAUAACAACCGAACAAG